CCCCUGGGAGGGGUUCUGGUCCUGUGCGGGCGUAGGGAGGCUGUUCUAAGGAAGAGAGGGGGAGGCGGUUGGCAUCCCUACCUGCUUCCAGAGGCAUUGUUUCCACGGGAAGUCGAGACCAGGUAUGCUGCCAGGCAGCCGAAUGACACCUCAGGGACCUUCCAUGGGACCUCCUGGCUAUGGGGGGAACCCUUCAGUCCGACCUGGCCUGGCCCAGUCAGGGAUGGACCAGUCCCGCAAGAGACCUGCACCUCAGCAGAUCCAGCAGGUCCAGCAGCAGGCGGUCCAAAAUCGAAACCACAAUGCAAAGAAAAAGAAGAUGGCUGACAAAAUUCUACCUCAAAGGAUUCGUGAACUGGUACCAGAAUCCCAGGCCUAUAUGGAUCUCUUGGCUUUUGAAAGGAAACUGGACCAGACUAUCAUGAGGAAACGUCUAGAUAUCCAAGAGGCCUUGAAACGUCCCAUCAAGCAAAAACGGAAGCUGCGAAUUUUCAUUUCUAACACUUUCAAUCCGGCUAAAUCAGAUGCCGAGGAUGGGGAAGGGACGGUGGCAUCCUGGGAGCUUCGGGUAGAAGGACGGCUCCUGGAGGAUUCAGCCUUGUCGAAAUAUGAUGCUACCAAACAAAAGAGGAAAUUCUCUUCCUUUUUUAAGUCCUUGGUGAUCGAGUUGGACAAAGACCUGUAUGGACCAGACAACCAUCUUGUAGAAUGUAGCCAGAGCCCCUUAACCUCAAUCACUAGAGAGACAUGGGAAGGUCUUUUCCAUCUAAUAAGGGAAUGGCACAGGACCGCCACUACACAGGAGACUGAUGGCUUCCAGGUGAAGCGGCCAGGAGACGUGAAUGUACGGUGUACUGUCCUACUGAUGCUGGAUUACCAGCCUCCCCAGUUUAAAUUAGAUCCUCGCCUGGCUCGGCUCCUGGGUAUCCACACCCAGACUCGUCCAGUGAUUAUCCAAGCACUGUGGCAAUAUAUUAAGACACAUAAGCUCCAGGACCCUCAUGAGCGAGAGUUUGUCAUCUGUGACAAGUACCUCCAGCAGAUCUUUGAGUCUCAACGUAUGAAGUUUUCAGAGAUCCCUCAAAGGCUCCAUGCUUUGCUUAUGCCACCAGAACCCAUUAUCAUUAAUCACGUCAUCAGUGUUGACCCAAAUGACCAGAAAAAGACAGCUUGUUACGACAUUGAUGUGGAAGUGGAUGAUACCCUGAAGACCCAGAUGAAUUCUUUUCUGUUGUCUACUGCUAGCCAGCAGGAGAUCGCUACUUUAGACAAUAAGAUCCAUGAGACAAUAGAAACUAUCAACCAGCUAAAGACCCAGCGGGAGUUCAUGCUGAGCUUCGCCAGAGACCCUCAGGGCUUCAUCAAUGACUGGCUUCAGUCUCAGUGCCGGGACCUCAAGACCAUGACUGAUGUGGUGGGUAACCCAGAGGAGGAACGCCGAGCCGAGUUCUACUUCCAGCCUUGGGCUCAGGAGGCUGUGUGCCGAUACUUCUACUCCAAGGUGCAGCAGAGACGACAAGAAUUAGAGCAAGCUCUGGGAAUCCGGAAUACAUAGGGCUUCUCCUACAGCCCUGAUUUGGCUGAACCGAUUCUUUAUUUGGGCUCUGUGCUGCCUGCCUCAUAGCACCUGCCUUGGUCUUGCUUAGGGCCUUCCAGGGUUGCUAUUGGUUCAAGGACAAUAGCAGAAAGAAGAGGGUCUCACGUUUCUGUCUCACAAGACACCUGUUAGCCUCUUCUCCUGUCCUAUCCCUUCAUAACCCCAGCUUCCUUUCCCCCCACAAAGUUCCCAUGUGCCUCUGCCCUCCCCUGGGAUAGCGUUAGAGAGAGGACCCGUAGUGGUAGUCAGUGCUCUGAAUGGACUGAGCCUAAGGCCAGGUGGUCUUCGAGGGGACCAACUACACUGAUCCUGCUCUUCAGAGACCUAGGAGUUGGGAGCCCGGUGUCCCCUCCUCCUAGACUCAGGCCUGGGGGCACUCUGUAAGCGAGUUCACUUGCCCUUCUGAACAGAAUCCAGUUUCCUUCCUCCGCAGGUUUGGAGCAAACUCUCCCUUCACUUGUUGCCCUCUAGCACUGAAGGAACCAACCCUGUGUCUUGGGCUCCAACCAGCCCCAGGUCAA